CUGCCAUCUGUAGCCGUGCCAUCAUUCCUCUUUUCCUCAGCUCACAUUUCUGACACAAGUAACACGUGUUGUUCUGAUUCCUUUUCCCUUCCACUGCACCACCGUAUGAAGCAUCGAGUUACAAAGUAUCUCUUUAAUGACUUAGUAACAAAAUAAAAAUAGAUCACUAGGAACUCCUAACACAUUAUGUAUGUGGCAUUUUAGACUGAUGUUUGGUCAGAGUUUGACACUCUUAUGGGUUAAUGGAGAACAAGGGGGCGGGGCAGACAGUCAAAUUCACCAAAAGACUUUAAUCCAACUCCCUGCCGACGUCUGUUAUUAAAAUCAUCCCUUGUAUGAGUCACAAAGAAUUGUGUGUUUGUUUGAGUAGAGCGUGUGACUCAUUUAUCCAGAAAUCACCAAGCCAAAGAGAGAGAGAGGGAGGAAGAGUAGCAACCACCCACCUUCCCUGCCAAACUUGAGGCCAGCCUCUUUGCCUCUCCUCCUCCCAUCUCAUUCUUUCCUACAUGGCACUCACUGAUGAGUUUGCAGACAGUGCAGUAAGAGACUGAACACCGCUGGAGAACCAAGACACAACUUGGGAGAACAAAGAAAAUCCAACCAGCAACUUUUCUACAAGUGGAGUUCUCGCUCAGUUCCAGCAGCUCUCACCAGUGACCGAUCGGUACAAUGGCGACACCCAAAAACACUCCUCGAGGUGCCAGCACACCAAUGUCCCCCAACCGUAUCACCCGGCUCCAGGAGAAGGAGGACCUCUGCAACCUCAACGACCGCCUGGCCGUCUACAUCGACAAGGUUCGGUAUCUGGAGGCGGAGAAUGCCGGGCUGCGUGUGCGCAUCACCGAGUCUGAGACGGAAGUCAGCCGAGAGCUGACGGGCCUGAAGGCCGCCUACGAGACGGAGCUGGCCGAUGCCCGUCAGACUCUGGACUCUGUGGCCAAGGAGAGAGCUCGUCUACAGCUGGAGCUGGGCAAAGUCAGAGACGACCACAAGGAGCUGAAGGCCAGGAAUGGCAAAAAGGAGUCCGACCUGACGGGGGCGCUGCAGAGGCUCAAGGACCUGGAGGCUCUGCUCAAUUCCAAGGAUGCCUCCUUGUCCACUGCCCUCGGAGAGAAGCGUAACCUGGAGGUGGAAAACCGUGACCUGAAGGCCCAGAUCGCCAAGCUCAACACCAGUUUGGAGGACGCCAGGAAGCAGCUGCAGGACGAGAUGCUGAGGAGGGUGGACGGAGAGAACCGCAUCCAGACGCUGAAGGAGGAGCUGGACUUCCAGAAGAACCUUCACUCUGAGGAACUACGAGAGACGAAGCGGCGUCACGAGUCCCGCAUGGUGGAGUUGGACAGCGGUCGUCAGCAGGAGUUUGAGAGCAAACUGGCCGAGGCCUUGGUGGAAAUGCGGAACCAGCACGACGUGCAGAUCAAAAUGUUUAAGGACGAAGUCGAGAAGACCUACAACACCAAGCUGGAAAACGCUCGUCAGUCUGCGGACAGGAGCAGCCACCUGGUGGGAGCGGCACACGAGGAGCUGCAGCAGAUACGAGUCCGUCUGGAGACCACGUCCUCUCAACUCAGUCAGCUGCAGAAGCAGCUUGCAGCCCGUGAGGCAAAGAUAAGGGACCUGGAGGACGCGCUGUCCCGGGAGCGGGACACCACACGCAAGCUGCUGGGAGAGAAGGAAAGAGAAAUGUCUGAGAUAAGGCAGCAGAUGCAGCAGCAGCUGGACGAAUACCAGGAGCUCCUGGACGUCAAGUUGGCCCUGGACAUGGAGAUCGGAGCCUACAGGAAGCUGCUGGAGGGAGAGGAGCAGAGGCUCCGACUGUCCCCCAGUCCUCCGCCGACCAAAGCCACAGGAAGUCGCUCGUCCACCUCGGUGGUUCAGUCCAGGUCGGUCCUCUGCAGCUCUCAGAGCUCACCUGUCAAGAGGCGUCGCCCCAACGACACGGACAGCGAGGCCUCCAGCUUCACGGGGGGAUCCGUGGCUCGCACUCGCAUUACCCAGCAGGCCUCAGCAAGUGGACGGUGCACCGUGGACGAGGUGGAUCUGGAGGGCAAAUACGUGAGACUCAGCAACAAGGCGGACGAGGAUCAGAAUCUGGGGAACUGGCAGCUGAAGCGACAGGUGGGAUCUGGCUCUCCCAUCAUUUUCAAGUUUCCCGCCAAAUUCACCCUGAAGGCCGGGCAGAGAGUCACGAUCUGGGCCUCCGGUGCCGGUGGAACACACAGUCCUCCAUCUGACCUGGUGUGGAAGAAUCAGCCGUCCUGGAUCAUCGGAGACACGUUCCAGACCACCCUGAUCAGCGCCAGUGGAGAGGAGAUGGCGAUGAGGAAAGUGAUUCGCACUCAGUUUGAAGAAGACGACGACGACAUGCAGGUGGCGCACAGCACCUGUGGGGACGGGGAGUACAACCUGAGGAGCCGGACCGUGGUGUGCGGCUCCUGUGGACUGCCCUCAGACAAAUCCAGCAGCUGCUCCGUCACCUCGGCCUCCCGCUCUUUCCGCAGCGGAGGCAUCUCGGAGGGUUUACUGCCCCACUCCUACAUCGUCAGCACCAGCACUCCUCGCAAGAAUGGAGGGAAGAUGGAAAUGUGUCCAGUCAUGUGAAGCCCUGGAUCCUCCACGAAAAACUUUUAAUAAACGAUUUGAUUUUUCAGUUUUUCUUUGACUUAGAUUAGAUGUAGUUUUUUUCCAGUUACUGUAUUUUGGUUGUUUUUUUUUCAUUGUAUUGAAUGAAAUAAACAGCUUUUUUAUAAAGUGUCAUGGACAUUCAAAGGGAAUAUUUUCUUACAUUGAGAGAGGUUGUGUUUUUUUAAAAUUACAUAGAUGAUAUGAAGAAUUUGAACCUUUUUUUACCUGUUAUUUUUCAAGGAUAUGUUAAUGCAAGUUAUGCUAGAAAAAAUAUUCAAUGCUGUAACCAUUUGAUAAAACUUUUUACGAUAAACUUGUAAUUUUUUAGUCUCUCUUGUUAAGGCUGAUGUAACACUGACGCAGCAGGGCUGUGGUGAAAUCAUAUGCAAUCACUCCCUUGGAAGAAAAAUGUGUUUUCAUGCUUUGCUGCCCCCAGCCUUGUAAGAGAAUAUCACCAUAUUGUUUUUGUCUUUUUACUGAAUCAAUAAACAUGUUUACAUUUGUGUU